AUGUCAAUUUAUCCACAUACAUAUCGUACAAAGAACAGUAUAACAAAAACAACAGCCUCUGAAUAUGCUGAAUUUAUACAAGUACCGUCAAUCAGUGGCUACAAACAAUAUUAUAAUGAUGUGAUGGAAUUACAAGUACAAGUGAAACAAUGGUUAAAUAAAUUAAAUGUGCUGUUUGAAACAUUUGAUAUUGGCAGUUAUGAAUUUAAUGGUGAACACUUAAAAAUACCACCAGUUAUUUUAGGUUCAUUAAUUGUGGAUAAACAUCGUCCAACGAUUGGUGUAUACGCACAUAUCGAUAUUAAAAAGACAGAUAAUAACUGGGAUACAGAUCCUUAUAAAUUAACAAAAAAAGAUGGAUGCUUUUUCGGUGCUGGUACAGCAUGUGGCAAGGGUCCACUAUUGAUGUGGUUUCAUGCAAUUAAUACUUUUAAUGAGAAACAAAUCCCAUUACCAGUUAAUAUAAAAUUUUGUAUUGAAUCCAUGCAUGAAUGUGGUCAUCAAAAUUUGGAAGCGUUUAUUCGGGCACAGAAAACGAGAUAUUUGAAAGAUAUUGAUCAUUGGGUAGUUAAUGAUUCAGCAUGGAUUGGUAAUAUUAUACCAUGUUUAGUUUAUGGCGCUACGGGUAAUGCACAUUUUAAGCUUACAUCAGAGAAAGUUGAAGGUAGUAGCACAGAACCACAGCAAGAUUUAGAAAACAUCCAUAGUACAUUUUUGGAUGAGAAUGAGGAAAUUACGAUUGAAGGAUUUAAUCGUACCGUUGAGCAUAUUACACCCGAUGAAGAAUUGAUUUAUGAGAAAAUAUCUGAUUUUGAUGUCAAAGAUGUUAGAUUAACUUUACCCGAAAAUAAAAGAAAUUGGAAUAAAUUGAAGCUAUUAAUGCAUUUUUGGCGUAUACCAUCAUUAAAAAUUUGUGAUAUUGAAGAAUGUACAUGCCCGAAUAAAGACGAGUUACCAAUAAAAGUGAAAAGUUUAUUAUUAUUUAAAAUUGUACCAAAUCAAUUUCCAGAACUUGUUGAUAAUUUUGUACAGAAUCAUGUACAAAAAGCUGUUAAAAAAUUUAAUAUAACAAACACAAUUGAAUGUCAAAUGAUUCAUGGUACACGACCAUGGACCGAAGAUCUAGAAAGUAUUCCAUAUGUAGCUGCAAAACGAGCAACUAUCCAGGUAUAUAAAGAAGUUCCAAGUUUGAUACGUGAAGACGAAAGUUUUUCAAUUAUCCUGAUAUUACAACGUGUAUUUAAAAAGGAAAUUUUAUUGUUACCGUUGGGACGAAGCGAUGGAAAUGCUGGAAAACCAAAUGAAAAUAUUGGUGCGUUAGAAGAAACAGAAGAGAAUAAUUAA